AUGCCGCAUGAAAAAAGGCCCGGCGACAGCCUGUUCACCAACUAUUUUAUCAAGCCGGUUGAUGCCUUCGCAACCAUGAGCGAUGAGGUAAUGGGCGAUCUUAAAAAACUGACCCGUAAGCCAGCCAUCAGGGUACAUCAUCCUCUAUAUGACAGCUAUGGGCCGGCCAUUGACCGGAACGAGGCUUUAAAAAAAUUGCAGCUUCCUGCUGAUAAAACGUAUCUCAUUUUCUUUGGCUUUAUCCGCAAGUACAAAGGCCUUGACCUGUUGCUGGAAGCAAUGGCCGAUGAGCGGCUUAAACAAAAAGAUAUCCGCCUGAUCGUUGCCGGUGAGUAUUAUGGCGAUAAGGAUUUUUAUGAGCAGAUCAUUGCCAAACAUCAGCUUCAAAACCGCGUACAUCUGUUCACCGAUUUCAUUCCUAACCAGGAAGUGCCGGUCUACUUCAGCGCUGCAGACCUGGUGGUAUUGCCUUACCGGAGUGCGACCAAUAGCGGCAUUACACAGGUGGCCUAUUUCUUUGAAAAACCCAUGAUCGCUACCAAUGUCGGCGGCCUGCCGGAAGCGGUGCCCGAUGGUAAGGCCGGCCUGGUCUGCGCACCGGAGCCACAGGCGAUUGCCAACUCCAUCCUGGCCUUUUUACAGCCAGGGUCGUUGCCUGGGCUGCAACAAUCUUUACAGGAAGAAAAGGAAAAGUAUUCCUGGAAGAAUUUCUCAGAAAAGCUGGUCUCCUUCUCCGCAACAAUACAAUAG